AUGGGCAAAGAUAAAAAAAAUGAGACCAGUGAGGGUUCAAGUGAAGAAGAGUACGUUGUUGAAAAAGUCUUGAAUAAAAGAACUGUCAAGGGAAAGGUCCAAUAUCUUUUAAAAUGGAAGGGCUACAAGGAAGAGGAAAGCACUUGGGAACCUGAGGAACAUUUAGACUGCGAAGAACUCAUAAAGGCCUUUGAAAAUAGCAGAAAAGAGAAAGAGGCGAAGCCAAAGAAAACGGAGGAACGAAGUAAAAAACGUCGUCGUGACUCAAGUGACGAUACAAGCACAACGGGAAAGAUACGCGAGGCCAGUGUGUCCUCGGUCGAGGAACAGAAAGAGUCGCGCAAGGAAAAGAAAGAUGAUAAAAAUAAGUCCGGCUUUGAGAAAGGCUUGAAAGCUGAGAAAAUUAUUGGAGCGUCUGAUGCCACCGGUGAACUAAUGUUUUUAAUAAAAUGGGCCGACUCUGAUGAAGCUGAACUAGUCCCCUCUAAAGUUGCCAACGUUAAGUGUCCCCAACAGGUUAUAGCAUUCUAUGAAGAGCGGCUGACAUGGCACAGUCCAGCCGAGUCUGAGUGA